AUGUUGGUGGAUGGCGAGCAAGUGGCUGGAGGCGAUUUGGCAACACCUCGGGAAAAAGAAUCUGAUACGGAGCUGAAUCGCACACGUUUGGCUGGUGGAGAUUGUAGCGCCCUUGGCGACCUGAUUCCUUGUCUGCUGCAGCGCACGCGUGUUCGGAAGCGCCGCGCGUGUUCUCAGCUACGCAGAGAGAAAGCUCGAGUGAGUGAGAGACAUCGAGGCCAUGCAGCGAGCACGGGUAACGACGGCGGCUGCGUCGCGGGAGUACCCAUCUUUGUGGGCAAAGAAGAGGACUGCCAGGAAGAUUCGCGAAGGCUCGGCUCGAGUUCUCCUCCAUGAGUUGCGAUACUUUUCGCGCCGUCCCUGCUUGCUGCGGAGCCCGUCCCGCUUGCUACACUGCGCCUGAUUUGCUGUGGACGUCUCCAUUUUCAUCUCAGGGUGUCAAACUUUGGUGCCGCUUUGAGUCAAAGAGGCAACACACAAAUUGCUGGUGGCCAAGCGAUCCGAAACGUCCCCCUGCAGAAAUGCAAAUCGCAAUUGCGAGUUGAAGUGCUUCGGCAGAGGCAGUUGCGUGAAAAUUAUCGUGUUUGACGUUAGAUGAGCUGCGAAUUGCCAGCUCGGUGAUCGAACUUUUCGGUGGCAACUAGUAGAAGAACGUAUCGCGCGUGGCGUGGCGCUCGAGGCCUCGGAAGCGGUCCUCCUUGCCUACGCGCCACAGGUAGAAGUCCAACUCGAGGGUUCCGAUGCGGCCAUUGCUCUCGGCUACGAUCUGAUCGCAUGCAACGACCGCAGCGGCGCGCAGCUCGCACUCUUCCUUCCCGGCAGGCAACUCCUCGCCGCGGUUAAUCCGAGCCUCCAAGCCCGCGUCGUACUGGUACAAAGCAAAGCGUGUUAAAUAAUGAGCAGAGAUCAAGAGCCAAUUGACAGCUCUUUACCUCAAGCACACCGAGAGCGUGGAGUACACACGGCAACACCUGAAUAAUGACAAACAAGUCAGCAAGGAUCUCGUGUCAUUACCACAUAACGUGAUCUUACGUUAUCGCUGAAAGCUGUGAGCUCGUUGAUGUCAGUGAAUGUCAGCUUAGGCUCGGAAUCCUGGAGAUCAUUGCAUAAGUCAGCUUAUGAGACGACGUUGAAGCAGUCGUGAGAUCUUAUACCUUGAAUCGACGGUGAAUGCACGCGACGGCGAGCUGGGCACGUUUGAGGAGAUACACUUUCUCGCCCUGGAUUUCGUAGUGGUCGUCAAAGCCCGGGAACGUCGACACGAAUUGAUCCACGAGGUACACUGCACUAGGACGGACAGACUCCUUCUCCUCUUGGUCAGCAGAGGUUUCUGGAGCGAGGUUGGCCAGGACGAACGCGCCGAAAUCUUCCAUCUUCAGGUCAAUCAGCUUCUGUCCGGACUCGUUCAGGAUCUAUAGUCGGCAACACCACCGACACAUUGACAGAGAUUAGUCUGCCAUGCUCAAUUUCGCACCGGAAGUGCGUCAAUGGCCCACCUUCUGAAGCAUCACAGCCAGAGGCUUCAAUGGUCCCUGUAUCCAUCCAGCAACCCCGAUGAUUAAUACUUGAUGAAAGAUCCUUAAUCUUUAAACGUAUGUGACCUACCGGCUUGGCCAUGUAGAUACCCGUAGAGACCUCCUCAUCCUUCUCCAGUGGGAUACUGAA